AUGGCCGCUCAAGUAACAACAAAUCAGUCCAUUAUUAAUGAUGAUUCUGGAUCAUUAACAACUGAUUCAGAAUUUCAAACAAAUGUUAAUUCAAAAAAACGUUUAUCAAGUUCAUCAAAUAUAUUACCAACAUCAUCAAUACUUUCACCAACUGGUCUAACAUCAUUGAUUAGUUUUAUUGUUUUAACAUGUGCUUAUAUAUCAGGUUUUAUGUCUCGAUUAUUUUCUGUUAUACGUUUUGAAUCAAUUAUACAUGAAUUUGAUCCAUGGUUUAAUUAUCGUUCAACAGCUUAUAUGACAGAAAACGGUUUUUAUAAUUUUCUUAAUUGGUUUGAUGAACUUGCUUGGUAUCCACUUGGACGUAUUGUUGGUGGAACUAUUUAUCCAGGUUUAAUGGUUACAAGUGGUGUUAUUCAUUGGUUUUUACAUAUGAUUAAUAUUCCUAUUCAUAUACGUGAAAUUUGUGUUUUUCUUGCACCAUUUUUUAGUGGUUUAACAGCUCUAGCAACUUAUUUACUUACAAAAGAACUUUGGUCAAGACGUGCUGGAUUAUUUGCAGCAGCAUUUAUUGCUAUUGCACCAGGUUAUUCAUCACGUAGUGUAGCUGGAUCAUAUGAUAAUGAAGGUAUUGCAAUCUUUGCUCUUAUGUUUACUUACUUUCUUUGGAUUCGUUCGGUUAAAACUGGUAGUGUUUUUUGGUCAUGUUGCACAGCACUAUCGUAUUUUUACAUGGUUUCAGCAUGGGGUGGUUAUGUAUUUAUCAUCAAUUUAAUUCCUGUUCAUGUAUUUAUUUUACUUGUUCUUCGUCGAUAUUCUUUACGAUUAUAUGUAUCUUAUUCAAUAUUUUAUAUUCUUGGUUUAAUUCUUUCUAUGCAAAUUCCAUUUGUUGGUUUUCAACCUGUUCGUACAAGUGAACAUAUGUUAGCAGCUGGUGUUUUUGCUCUUUUACAAGCAUAUGCAUUCAUUGAUUAUCUUUAUACAAAACUACCACGUGCUGAUGAUUUAAAACAAUUAUUUUUUGGUUUAAUGAUAUUUAUUGGUUUAAGUGUAUUUGCUGUUGUUGUUAUAUUAACAUAUGCUGGUUAUAUUGCACCAUGGUCAGGAAGAUUUUAUUCAUUAUGGGAUACAAAUUAUGCGAAAAUACAUAUACCAAUUAUUGCUAGUGUUAGUGAACAUCAACCAACAACAUGGACAUCAUUCUUUUUUGAUCUUCAUCUUUUAAUUUGUUUAUUUCCUGUUGGUGCAUGGUUUUGUAUUAAAGAACUAAAUGAUGAACGUGUUUUUAUUGUUCUUUAUGCAGUAUUUGCAUCGUAUUUUGCUGGUGUUAUGAUUCGUUUAAUGUUAACAUUAACACCAUGUGUUUGUGUACUUGCUGCUAUUGCUUUAUCAAAAACUCUUGAUUAUUAUGCGGAUACAGAAACAUCCGAUAUGAGUACAAGUCCAGUUGUACCUUCAAAUGAUAAUGAUGAAAAUGAAAAUGAAACUGAAAAAAAUAAUCGAAAUUUAUAUGAUAAAGCUGGUAAACCAAAACCAAUACCAGGACGACGUGGUCCUACAAAUACUAAUCAAGAUACAGAUGAUGACACAAGUAUUGUUUCAUCAAAUAUAAAAACAGUUGUUGUUAUUUGCAUUGCAAUGAUGUUAAUGCUUCUUGCUGUUCAUUGUACAUGGGUUACUUCAAAUGCUUAUUCAUCGCCAUCUAUUGUACUUGCAUCAUAUAAUAAUGAUGGUUCAAGAUAUAUAAUUGAUGAUUUUCGUGAAGCUUAUUAUUGGUUAAGAAAAAAUACACCUGAAAGAGCUCGUGUUAUGUCUUGGUGGGAUUAUGGUUAUCAAAUAGCUGGUAUGGGUAAUCGUACGGUUUUAGUUGAUAAUAAUACAUGGAAUAAUAGUCAUAUUGCAUUGGUUGGAAAAGCAAUGUCAAGCAAUGAAUCAGAAGCAUAUAAAAUAAUGACUAUGCUUGAUGUUGAUUAUGUUUUAGUUAUUUUUGGUGGUAUGAUUGGAUAUUCAGGAGAUGAUAUUAAUAAAUUUUUAUGGAUGGUUAGAAUUGCUGAAGGUGAACAUCCGAAAGAUAUUCGUGAACAAGAUUAUUUUACUGAAAAUGGUGAAUUUCGUGUUGAUCGAUCUGGUUCACCUAUAUUACUUAAUUGUUUAAUGUAUAAAUUAUGUUAUUAUCGUUUUGGUGAAUUACAAACUGAUUUUCGUUCACCACCUGGUUUUGAUCGAACUCGUCAUGUUGAAAUUGGAAAUAAAAAUUUUGAUUUACAACAUGUUGAAGAAGCAUAUACAACUGAACAUUGGAUUGUACGUAUAUAUAAAGUUAAAAAACUUGCUAAUCGUUUACAAGCUAAAAAUGCUCUUCGACAAGUACAACGACGUAAAUCAAUUUAUUCAACAUCGAAAAAAACAUCUGGACAAGCACGAAAACAAGGUGUCAUUUUAAAUAAACCACAAGUUAAGAAAGGUACAAAAGUUUUAACACGUAAAACAUAA